AGUGUGUCUGACAGGAACACAGUUUGUAUUCUGUGCUAGUUCACUGGGUUUUUUUGGAGACAUGAAGACCUCGUGUUUUUGGCUCAACCUCCUGGUUGGACUUUGCUUCAGGUCGUCUUUUGCUUUUCCUCCCAAACAUCACACACAACAGGCUUCAUUGAAAGGACCUCUGGUCACAGGGAGCAUCCACAAUGUUCCCCAACAAAAGGCUCCAGCCGAGGAACGAGAGCAGGUGAACACUGUCUCAGUGACCUGCCAUCCAGACUCGUUGGAGAUCAUCAUCAAAGCUGACCUGUUUGGAGUUGGAUUUCGUGUUUGUGGUGAUGAAUUACACCUUGGAGUGGAGUACGAUGAUAACUGUUGCGCUAAAACGUCUUCAGAAGAAGAAUUCAGAAUCCAUGUUUCACUCGUGGACUGUGGGACCAAACGAUCGAUGACUGAAGACACUCUGGCCUACACAAACUUUCUCAUCUACUCUCCUGUGGCCUCUCCAGACGGGGUGGUUAGCAUGGAUGAGGCUGUAAUUCCAAUCGAGUGUUAUUAUGAAAGGAAGUACAGUGUGUCCAGCUCUUCACUCUCUCCUACCUGGAUCCCCUUCACGUCGACCCAAACUGCUGUGGAAACUUUGCAGUUUGACUUGAGAAUUCUGACUAAUGACUGGCUCCAUGAAAGAAGCUCUAAUGUGUUUUACAUCGGUGAGCCCAUCGCCAUCGAAGCCUCAGUCAGGGUUGGACAUCACAUGGCGCUCCGAGUGUUUGUCAGCAGCUGUGUGGCGACGCUUGACCCAGAAAUGAACUCUGAUCCCAGAUACGUCUUUAUUGAAAACGGGUGCUUGGUUGACUCUGAGCUUCCAGGUUCUAGGUCCCACUUCUUUUCCAGGGUAGAGGAUGACAAGCUCCACUUGACUAUUGAUGCCUUCAAGUUUUACAAUGAGGACCAGGGACAGAUCUACAUCACAUGUCACCUGACUGCCAAUGCAAAGAAUGCUGCAGAAGCACCAAAUAAAGCAUGCUCUUUCAUAGAAGACAGAUGGAGGUCAGCUGAUGGUAAUGACUAUUUUUGUGGCGAUUGUCAAAGCCCCAAUAAGCCCAGCAACCCUGGUAAGUUCGGUCCUCGUGGGUUUGGAAAGCCAGAAGAACCUGAGCAGUUCUGGAGCAAAGGAAAGAAGACCAAUGCAGUGUGGGGACAGGAUGCAAGUGUGGGUCCCCUGAGGAUCUUACCUGCCAAGCAACAAAGUGAGCCAAUACCUGCAGAGAUGCUUCCUUCUGGUCUAGAAGUGAUACUACCUUCACGAAGAGAUGCUGGUAAAAACUGCCUUCUUGAACUCUCCUGAGGACCACGUGAUGUUAUAGGUGGUAGCAGCACUGGAUGGAAACAGGAUAGCAGCACAACUGAUCAGUUUACUUUUGCUGUAAUCAAAAUUCAAGAAAACUUGCCUUUUAAUUGU